UUGGUGUUUGAUGUUACUCGGGAACCGUGAACGCGGUAACCAGUUUCUGAAACCUGCCUCCGGCUCAAGUCCUGGGAACCCAAGUUUUGAGCCCACUGGGAGCUGCUGUCACGGAGGAGCUCGACCCGGCCGUCCGAGGCUCCGGGACGUGGAGUCCCCCGGCCUGGACCCCGGCAGCCAUGGAUGAGGACCUGGUUUUGGCGCUGCGGCUUCAGGAGGAGUGGAACUUGCAGGUCUCGGAGAGCGCACCGGCCCAGGAGCCCCUGUCUCUGGUGGACGCGUCCUGGGAGCUGGUGGACCCCACCCCCGAUUUGCAGGCCCUGUUUGUGCAGUUCAACGACCGUUUCUUCUGGGGCAGUCUGGAGGCGGUCGAGGUGAAGUGGAGCAUGCGAAUGACACUGUGCGCUGGGAUAUGCAGCUACGAAGGCAGGGGAGGAAUGUGUUCCAUCCGCCUCAGUGAACCUCUCCUAAAGCUGAGACCAAGAAAGGAUCUGGUGGAGACCCUCUUGCAUGAAAUGAUACAUGCCUAUUUAUUUGUCACGAAUAACGAUAAAGAUCGGGAAGGGCACGGUCCAGAGUUUUGUAAACAUAUGCGUCGCAUCAAUCGCCUGACGGGAGCCAAUAUAACGGUGUACCAUACUUUCCACGACGAGGUGGAUCAGUACCGGCGACACUGGUGGCGCUGCAACGGGCCGUGCCAGCACAAGAAGCCGUAUUACGGCUACGUGAAACGCGCCACCAACAGGGCACCCUCUGCUCAUGACUACUGGUGGGCUGAACACCAGAAAACCUGUGGAGGCACCUACAUAAAAAUCAAGGAACCAGAGAGCUACUCACAAAAAGGCAAAAGAAAGACAACACUAGGAGAGCAGCCAGUAUCAGCACAGAAUAAAGGUAAACCAAACAGAGGGAAGACACAGUUGUUAAUCCCUUUCAGUGGGAAAGGGUAUGUUCUAGGGGAAACCAGCAAUUCGCCUUCAUCUGGGAAAUGUAUCACUUCACAUGCUGUUAAAACCCAGGAUCUUUUAAAUCAGGACCAUUCAGCAAAUGCCUUAAGACCCAAUUCGAAACCUGGGGUGACAUUUGAACAGAAUGGUUCAAGUGGAAAAACUUCCCUAGUCUCCGCUGCUCUCAGUUCCAGUCACCAGAGUGUUUUCAGCAGCUGCUUCUCGAGAGCAUCGGGCUCCAAGCACGAGGCUUUCAGAAGUGUGAGUGGGUCUCCGAUGAAGAGCCUCACGGUUGGUGACAUCACUACAAACUCGGUCUCUUCUAAUUCUCAAAGGAGCGUGACAUCUUCUGAGAUACCCCUAAGAAAUCCUUUAGAAGCAGUGGGAUCGACAUCUGUGACUGCACCCCAGGAUGCAGGUGGGCUUGAAGAUAAACUCCCACGUAAACGACCCAGGCUCGAAGACAGGACUGUUUUCGACAACUUUUUUAUCACGAAAAAGCAAAGACACAGCGGUGGUAACGAUCCAAAGUGUGGCUCACGUCCUGCAGCUGCAACGCAGAAUGCCACCAGUGCAUCCAGUCAGAGCAAAGUGGUUCGCUGUCCUGUGUGUCAGAGUGAAGUUCUGUACUCUGAGGUUAACGAGCACUUGGACUGGUGCCUUGCAGGUGAUAGCCUCCAAGUCAAAAGCUGAAAAAAAUCUCUGGAAAUGAAUGGGUCUCACACGUCCACCCCUAUUACCUACCUCAUGGCACAGUGUCAGCCGCUCAGGAAUUCCUGGUUAAUGCUAAGAUUUGCAGGUUAUAACCUAGUUCACCCAUAUUUAAGUGUUCUAUGAUAUAUAUACAUAUAUGAGAUUGUAGUUUAAAAUGUUUUAUGUCUAAAGGUGCUGUAAUUCACUCAUAUGUAUACUGUAGCCCAGAGUUUGUUCUGGAUGCAUACAUGUAUAAUUUUUAGAUACUUUUGUACUUUCUUUUAAAAGUAUUUAAAUCUGUUAAUCUUUUCAUUGGCAUAUUUUCCUUAAAAUAGUCGAUGAGGAAUCCUGUCAGGUGUUUGGUUAAACUGAAUAUUCCUUUAUUAAUGUUAAACCUCAUUCCCAGAACUGGUAAUAUUCACAGUAUCGGACAUAUUGGCCAGAAACACAAGCUAGUUGUUUUCCGCUACUCAAGGUUUUUGGUUUUUCUUUUUUUCUUCAAAAUUUUAACAGAAAAUACAUUUCCUAUAUUAUAAAUAUUUUUAUUUCUCUUUCACUAAAAGGUGGCAGCAGAUUUUAGGUUAAAGUACAUAAGCAGAGUAAAAUAAAUUUCUUUUUGAAUAUUGCUAGUAACAAAUAGCCACUGUAAUUCUGUAGGCCAGAGUUGAGCUGUUUUCUCAGAACUUUAGUAAAAUGACUGGUUAAAACUCGGUACUAAGUAACUGGCAUAUAUAACAUAACCAAG